UUAAUCAGAAGUGGCAGUAUGAAGCACAUGAUAACACACGACAGCGACGGUAUCUUGGUACAGUCUUUUCUGAUGACUUUAUUAGGGGCUCGUCUCAGCCUGCAGGAGAUUGUACAGAGAGUGUGAGCAACUGGGGUCCAUGAGGCUUUGUCAGCGCAGUUGAAUAACAGUGUGUCAUGAACUAAUCCUCGGUUUACAACCAGUAUAAAGAUGAGCCAGCUCACAGAAGUUCCAGCAAGACUGGUUUUAUCUACAAGUACUAAUAAUGGAAAUUUAUUCCAGUAAUGUGGGGAGGAUGUUGUCAGGGCCACAGAUUAUGCACAUACAAAUGGUAGCUGGGUUGCUGUAAAAUAAUAGAAAGAAACCAUCUUUAAAAAAUACAGUAAUUUACCAUUAUUAAAUAAAUUUACUAGUUCUUAAAAUUUGCUGAAAGUGUAAGCGCUCGUAUAACCCCUGUUCCUGUUAUAUUACGGUCAGCAUGAUUUUUUUGCAGCUGGUUGAAGCAAUUGUAAUUUUUUUUAAUACCGUUGGGAUCAUAUAGUAUAUGAUGAUGAUGUGUUUUGUAUGUCAAACCUAAAUCUUCAACCAGCUAUCUGACCAUUCUAGUGGAACAAAAACAUUUCCCUAUAAACUGCAAUGCAAUACAAGUGGGAAGAAGGACAAAGCUGUAGAAUACAAGCACCUUUAAAACCAGCUGGAGAUUCAUCUGGUUCAUCAGGUCAGAGCAGCCAACAAGUCAUGAAUAAUCGCUCCAACUGAGUGGACUUUGUGUCUCUUUUGUGACACCUACCAAGCACCAAGGUUCAGCAAUGAUUGCACUCUUCUUGUCAGGUCACCUCUUGUGGUUAGCCACACUUUAUUCAUCCUCUGGAGCUAAAAAAGCCUCUGGCUCUCUGACAGAAGGUUACCGUUAGGUCCAAGCACCCAGGAGUUAAGGUACGUCUCCUCCUGCUUUACUGGGAGCAUUUCCUGUUCUUUGUUGGGCACACAGCAGGAAAGUAUUGCUUCUAUAACUGAGCAAAAGAUACAAAUUUUUGCUUAACUUGCUGAAAUGAUCAGAAUCUACUUUGCUUUUCUGCUUUGGCUUUGAGCACUGCCUCUCUAAUCUUUUGAACUUUCUUUAGGUUGAUCUUGCUCAUUUACAGCCAUGAAAUCCUCCCUCGUUGCCGCUAUUAUCGUUGUGCUGGCUGUUGCCCAUGGCUCUGAGGCCGGUUCUCUGGUGAAGCGCGACGUGCAGGCUGAUGUGGACAAGAUCACCAAGCUCAUCGACGAAAUGUCCGCCAGCUUCACCACCGCUACCCAGGACAUGGUGGAGAAGGUGAAGGCUCUGGAGGUAACCAGCAAAGCCCAGACUUACAUGGAAGACAGCAAGACCAAGAUCCAGCCUCUGCUUGAGAAGUUCCAGGCCGAGGCCACCAAGCUACAGGAGCAGGUCAAGCCCUUCAUCGCCAGCAUCGAAGAUCAGAUGAAGCCCCUGACAGAGAACUUCAACGCUCAGGUCAGACCUCUGACCGACAUGAUGGAGAAGUUCUUUGAGACGGUGAAGGACCAGACCAAGGCCCUCAUGCCCCCCCAGUAA